AUGGCGGUCGAUGUCUGCAUUGAAAUCUCCAGUCCAAUCACCAGCCCGAGAAUCUCCUUCUCCUACGAUCUCAACGAAUUCGACCUCGUCCCCAUCGAAUCGCACAAUCAUCUUCAUCUGAAUCCAACAAUUGACUUCGAUUCAUACCUCGCCCAAAACCUCCAAAUCUCCUCCGCCGACGAGCUCUUCGCCAACGGAAAAAUCCUCCCCGUCCAGAUCAAAACCCCCGCUCCGCCGAAUCAAAUCGAAAAAACCGAUUGCAAUCCAAACAUAAACACGAAGAAGAAGCGGCUGAUCGAGUUCCUCUCCGCCACCAUCGACGACGAAGAGGAGGAAGAGGGGAAGCCGAUCGCGAAAUCGUUCUGGCAAUUCCGCCGCAGCAGCAGCGUCAACUCCGAUCGCGGCGGCCUGCUUCGAUCGCUGCAAUUUCUGACGCGGAGCAACUCGACGGGAUCCGUUCCGAAUCCGAAGCCGUCGGGAUUAGCGAAAGUGAUGCAGAAGCAGAAUUCGAUGCGGGAAGCGCCGAUUAAUCGGCGCACCUCGGCGGCGGCGGGGCUCAACCACUACUACCAUUACAAUAAGCCGUCGUUGGGGAAGAGCAGCAGCAGCAGCAGCAGAUCGUACGGCAAUGGAGUUCGGAUUACUCCCGUUUUGAACAUUGCCCCAAAUUAUACCAAGUGA